CGCGGGGGGAGGGGGAGGAAGCAAGGCCGCGACCAGCGCGAGGCGGCGGCGGCGGGUUCCCGCCUCGGUCCAGGCUCGAGGCCGGAGCGCGCGGCGCGAAGCCCCCCCCCAUCCCUCCCGCCUUCCCCGCGGGACUGGCCGCGCUGCGAGGAGCUGCCAGGCCGUAGCUGUCGGGCCGGGCCGGGCCGGGCCGGGCCUCGCGCGCAGGAUGUCGGCGCAGGCCCAGAUGCGCGCCAUGCUGGACCAGCUCAUGGGCACGUCCCGGGACGGUUCAAUGUAUCUAUGCCUGCCUACUUCAAUCUGCAAGGGAGUGUCAGAAAGGCCCCGCAUUCGCCGAGCCGAGACACUACCCGUCAGCGAAUCAAAUUCAGUGAUGACAGAGUGUGCAAGAGUCACCUCCUCAACUGCUGCCCUCAUGAUGUCCUCUCUGGAACCAGGAUGGACCUUGGAGAGUGUCUGAAGGUACAUGACCUGGCAUUAAGAGCAGAUUAUGAAAUUGCGUCUAAAGAACAAGACUUCUUCUUUGAACUUGAUGCAAUGGAUCACCUGCAGUCAUUUAUUGCAGACUGUGACAGAAGAACUGAAGUUGCUAAGAAGAGAUUAGCAGAAACCCAAGAAGAGAUCAGUGCUGAAGUUGCAGCUAAGGCUGAGCGAGUGCAUGAAUUGAAUGAAGAGAUCGGGAAGCUUCUUGCCAAAGUCGAGCAGCUUGGAGCUGAUGGGAAUGUAGAAGAGUCGCAGAAAGUAAUGGAUGAAGUGGAGAAAGCCCGGGCCAAGAAGAGAGAAGCAGAGGAAGUAUACAGGAACUCUAUGCCUGCAUCUAGCUUUCAGCAGCAGAAGCUCCGGGUCUGUGAAGUGUGUUCUGCCUACCUGGGUCUCCAUGAUAAUGACAGGCGGCUUGCUGACCACUUUGGAGGAAAACUUCACUUAGGAUUUAUUGAAAUAAGAGAGAAACUUGAGGAGCUCAGGAGGAUUGUGGCUGAUAAACAAGAAAAACGAAAUCAGGAACGUCUGAAACGGAGAGAGGAGAGGGAAAGAGAGGAAAGAGAGAAGCUGAGGAGGUCCAGAUCCCAUAGCAAGCAAGCUAAAAGAUCUAGGUCUCGAGAGCGCCGCAGACAUCGGUCUCGUUCUCCUUCCUGGGAACGGAAAAGGAGAACUCGUUCCAAGUCCAGGGAGAAACGCCACCGUCACAGGUCUCGCUCUAACAGCCGCAGCAGGAGCCACAGCCACCAUAGAAGCAGGCAUAGUUCCAGGGACAGGAGCCGAGAGCGCAGCUCCAAAAAACGAUCCUCAAAAGAAAGAUCUUCCAGAGACAAAGAACGAUCAAAAGAUAGUGACAGAACAUCACGUGACAAAGACAGAAGCUCAAGAGAGAGGUCACCCCGAGAGCAGAAAGACAGGAAACGUUCCUAUGAAAGUGCUAAUGGACGAUCAGAAGACCGGAGAAGCUCAGAAGAGCGUGAAGCAGGGGAGAUAUAACCGUGGCUGUACAUUUACCUGAUCUCUAGCUUCCUAUGGAGUUGCAUACUAUGGUUUAGUUUACAAUUUAAAGGGACACCAUUGAGCAGUUCCAGACACUGAUCCAACUAGGGUAGAUGUACAGUAUAUAAAAGCGGUUAUAACCAACUAUAAAUUUAAAUCCUCUUCAAUUGAUGCCUAAAGCUGUGUCCUUGAUUCCACCAAGAUGUAAAACUUUUUUGAAAGAUUUAUCUCUGUUCAGGACAACAGUUUUAUGUACCAUGGUGCGAUCUCAAUGUUUUAAUCUCCUUUUAAGUACAAGUUAAAUAGUGAACAAAUUAUAUUGUACUUCUUGCCUUGGGUGCUCUCAAACCUUUAUAAAAUUCUCCAAUUCUGUUCCAGUCCAAACAGCUGCAUUGAAAGGUUUUGUUUUUCGUUUUGUUUUAAGAGGGGUGGGUGGGUACUAAACUUUUAUUCUAAGGUUAUCUUCCCAGCAGUAGUAUGGGAACCUAGGAGUUGGUUACAGGGGGAGCAUUUAGACUGGAAUAUGUGCUGGAGAAUGCUGAAAUGUCAUUUUUUACAGUGCCUAUUUAGACUUGGAAAUUGAGCAGCUGUUGCAUUACAUCUUUAUUUUUACUAAAAUUCUGAAAUCAAAGCCAGUCCCACAUCUCUGUACCAUUCAUUUGGUAUGUGUUUAGUAUAUCUGGGUUUUUUCCAUAAAAACUUUUUUCUGCUUUUUCUUGUGGGGUGUAAACUGCACAUCCUUAAUUGUAAUAAAAUAAAAAUAAAAAAGGAAAUGUCUUGUCCAGUAAAUCAAAUUGAGCACAUCGAUUUCUCAAGUUAUGUGCUGCUAAUUGUAUUUCUCUUAACAGGUCAAUCAAAUGCGGAGAAUAAAAAACAGUUCCGAACCCUCUCA